AUGUGGUCAACACUUCUCCCUUUCGUUUCUCUGCUUCCUGCUGCCGUCUACUCAGCGCCGCUCGUUUGCACUCCGAGCGAUGAUGGUUUCGAGCAAGGUGUGGGCUAUGGCGAUGUGGGACUCCGCUAUCGCGAAGUGCCCCCUGGCAUCUGCGAGCUCGACCCCGACGUGAAAAGCUACUCAGGCUACGCCGAUAUCUCGGAGCACGAGCACAUCUUUUUCUGGUUUUUCGAGGCACGUAACGUGCCUCCGGAGACUGCGCCAUUAACGGCAUACAUCAGUGGUGGCCCAGGCUACUCAUCCAUGUCCGAACUCUUUGCUGAAAAUGGUCCUUGCCGAAUAGGACCGGACGGCAAGACUCUCCACAACAACCCGUUCUCCUGGAGCAACUAUAGCAACUUGAUAUUCAUCGAUCAACCGAACCAUGUUGGCUUCUCAUACAGCGACCUCGUACCGGGAUACAUGGGAACGGACAAAGACGGUGGCAAUGUAGUCAUCGAGGAUGACUCCUGUGAGGAUGACGAUCCGAAGUGUGGCUGCUUCUCCAAGCCCGACGUUACUACCACAGCUAACAGCACUCUGGCCGCGGCACCGAAGUUCUGGCUAACACUACAAGCGUUCAUGAGCUCUUUCCCCGAGUACUCGGAGAAUGGAUUCCAUCUUGCGAGCGAGAGCUAUGGAGGCCACUAUGCCCCGGUAUUCAGCAAGUACAUCCAGGACCAAAAUGAAGCCUGUAUUCCAGGUGCACGAUAUAUCGACCUGCAGUCGAUGCUUGUCGGCAACGGAUGGUAUUCACCACAAAUUCAACGUAAGGCAUACUACGACUACGGCUAUGAGCCCGGAAGUCCUUAUGAUCUACCCCCGAUCAACAGUACGUUUAAGAAGGAGGUAUAUGAGAAGCUAUUUGGCCCAGAAGGCUGCUUGAAACAGCUUCGAGACUGUGAAGCAACUGGCACAGACAAAGUGUGCAAAGCUGCGGACAAUUACUGCGCUGCGGAAAUCGACAAUGCAUGGACAGAAGCCACUGGACGAGACACCGAAAACGUACGCAUGCUAAACGACUCGCCCUUCUCCCUACCGCACGACUUUUACGAGACAUACCUCGAGCUAGAUUACGUUCGAGAGGCCAUCGGUGCCCUUCAAACAUUCACCGUUGAAAGUCCUACGGUCGUCCAAGCCUUUGAUUUGACCGGGGACGAUGGACGAGAGCUCGGAAUCCUGCACAUCCUCGGCGAGUUGGCGGAAGCCGGCGUUAACGUUGUGCUCUACAACGGCGACGCCGAUUACAACUGCAACUACCUCGGCGUCGGAGCCUCCGCCGCCGCCGUAGGUUUCCCAGGCUACGACAACGCCGGUCACGCCAAGAUUCUAACCGACGACUGUGUGACUCACGCCUCGGUCAAGCAGAGUGGGCCUUUCAGCUUCGUGCGCCUCUACGAAGCAGGACACACGACGGCUUCCUACCAGCCGCUGGCCGUACUGACCAUUUUCAGGAGAGCUAUUCUCGGCCUGGACCUUGCUACGGGCACGACCGUAGCGACUUCUGAUUAUAUCUCCCCUGGCCCCCUGCAGGAUACUUAUCGCGAGGGUAACGGCACUGUCCAGUAUAAGUCGUGGCCGCAUCAGAGCACCUACAAUUACACUUCGAACAUGCCAACGCUGGAUGACUUCGAGCCGACGUGGAAUGGUGGAGCUUGUGCUCGUGCUGAGGAAUUGGGCCCAAUUGUUAAUUAUUAG